AACAUUACACGUGUUAUUUUCUGAUUGGCACGUUUCUUUCUAAGCAAAAAGACCAACGAGGAAACCCCACCAGAGGAUCCAAACAUCACCGUCGACGAUGGAGAAGCCGGGAACUCCGGCGACAGCGCCGCUUCUCUCGCCGUCUUCUUCACAGCCCUACUACGGCGUUCCGGCGCCAUUCCAGAGCCCCUCUCCCCCCGCCUACGUCCUCCUCCCCUCCUAUCACCGUCGCCGCUCCCUCCGCCACCGUUGCCGCUGCUGCUCCUUUCUCGUUCCCUCCUCUUGCUUCUUCUCCCUCGCUUUCAUCUGCGCCAUCAUCGCCGCCUCCCUCUUCUUCCUCUGGCCUUCCGACCCCGAGGUCUCCGUCACCCGCCUCCGCCUCCACAGCAUCCAUGUCGCUACCAAACCCAGCAUCUCCCUCGACAUCUCCAUCGGUCUCGAGGUUAAGGUUCGGAACCGGGAUUUCUUCUCUCUGGACUACGAUGAGAUGGUCGUGGCCAUUGGUUAUCGAGGGAGGAGGCUUGGGUUGGUGAGAUCGGAAGGCGGGCAUAUUAGGGCUCGUGGUGUGUCGUAUAUCGAUGCGAUGCUGCGUCUGGAUGGGAUUAGGGUUUUGAAUGAUGUUUUCUAUCUGAUUGAAGAUCUUGCCAGAGGGUCCAUUCCCUUUGAUACUGUGACUGAGAUUGAAGGCCAGCUACACCUCUUCUUCUUGGAUGUCCCCAUUCAGGGAAGAGUAUCUUGUGAAGUGAAUGUAAACCCAGAAAAUCAGACUGUUAUUCGUCAGAAUUGCUAUCCUGAGUGAUGGCAGUUUUGGCUUCUUAUCAGAGGGUUCUAAUGUGUAAAAAACACCCUUUCAAGCCUGCUUGUAAGGUUUAUACUCUCUUAACCUUCCGAUACUUCAGUUUGAUGUAUAAAUUCUUAUAUAAUCAUUAUUACCUGGGUAAUUAUCAAUGCCAAAACAAACAAAAACAGUGGCAAUUUGUAAAUGAGCUACUUGCAUGAUUACCAUAUUUAAGUAAAUAAUAUUAAGUGCUA